UCAUGCUCCUUGCAGGUCCUCUGACUGAAAAUGUGGCCACAGGGGAACAUGAGUGCAGUCUUCCCAUAGUUGCUGCUUCUGAGCCGUAUUUUAAAGUCCUCCAGAGCAGAGGGGUGACCCACGUCAAGGUGCCACUGUCAUGGGCUCAGCUCCUUCCCACCGGUCUGCCCAGCCAGCCCCAGCAGGAUGCAGUCCAGUGUUACAAGACUCUGAUGAAGCAGCUGCUGAAGGUGGGUCUUCAGCCUCUGGUCGUCCUCCACGGAUCCACCGUUCCAGACGCUCUGAGGUCCAGGUACGGAGGCUGGGAGAGCCAGGAGCUGGUGGAGAUGUUCCAGCAGUAUGCCGACUUCGCCUUCAGGGAGUUUGCAGAUCUGGCACACUCAUGGGUGACUCUCAGCGACUUGGGGAGCAUCUGGAAGAACGGACAGACCGCUCAGCAAAACAUUCUGCAGCUCAACAAGAAUCUUUACAAGAACUUCCAUCAACAUAUUCCAAGCAAAUUGUCUGCAAGAAGGAGCUUGUCUUUUGGUUUGGAUGCAGCAAGUGUGACCACUCUGUCCCAAAUCAAAGCGUCAACAACCGCAGAUUUCCUGUCCGUGGACAUUGACUACAGCUGUGUCUCCUCAGCAGACUUUGAACAAAACCUGAGAAACUUGCAGAUAUCCAGCGGAAACUUGCCUAUCCUCAUAUUAAAGAUGAAUGUUCGCGAUUGCACUGAUAGCCAACAUCAGCCUCUCAAAGAGUUACUACAUGUACUACAGAGCAGCGGAUUGGACAUAAUUGGAUGCGACAUCGUAGAAAUCUUGCUCAAGAUGGAUCAGAGGAAAGCUUCACUGAGGUCUAGUCAACCAGGCUCCAGGAACAGUUAUCAGACUGUUUGGGAUAAAUUUGGCUCCCAGUCAGCAGCAGAUCGAGACACUUUCCUUGAACAGUCUUUCCCCUCCGGUUUCCAAUGGGCGACCUCUGCAGAGUCUUUCAAGGUGGAGGGCGGCUGGUUGGAAGGCGGCAAAGGAGAAACCAUUUGGGACCGCUUUGGCCAUGACAACUUAGCCUUUGAGAACCAGACAGCAGACCUCGCUUGUGAUAGCUACAACAAAGUGGAAUAUGAUGUCUACCUGCUGAGAGGUCUUCAAGUCAACACCUAUCAGUUUUCCAUCUCCUGGGCUAGAAUUUUCCCAACAGGCCACAGAGACAGCCAAUCAGAGCAAGGAGCUCUCUACUAUGACAAACUCAUCAAUGCACUCAUAGAAUCUGACAUCCAGCCUGUUGUCACGCUCUACCACUGGGAUCUGCCACAGGCCCUCCAGGACAACGGUGGAUGGACCAACCCAACUAUUGUUGAUGCUUUCAAAGACUAUGCAGACUUCUGCUUCUCCAGGUUUGGAGACAGAGUCAAGACCUGGAACACAUUUAGUAGCCCCUGGGUUGUGAGCCAUGCUGGACAUGGUACUGGUGAGCAUCCUCCUGGAGUAAAGGACUAUGUUUCCUCCUCUUAUCAGGUCACUCACAACAUAAUCAAGUCUCAUGCUGAGGCUUGGCAUGUCUAUAAUGACAAUUACAGGGCAACUCAGGGAGGGAAAGUUGGCAUAGCACUUAAUUCUGACUGGGCUGAGCCCAAAGCCCCAACCAAUACUGAAGACAUUGCAGCUGCAGAUCGCUAUCUGCAGUUCAUGCUGGGCUGGUUUGCACAUCCCAUUUUUGUAGAUGGAGAUUAUUCCGCGGCACUGAAAACACAAAUUGAGCUGAAAGUGAAAGAGUGCCCCAGCUCUCAGCCAGCAGUGCUCCCAGUUUUUACCUCUGAAGAGAAGGCCAGGAUAAAAGGAACAGCUGACUUUUUUGGUUUAAACCAUUUUACCUCUCGGUUGGUAAAUACUGCUAAAGGUGGUUGCACUCCUGGUUUUGUGGGAGUGGGAGAUUAUGGGGCAGAUGUGGAUCCCUCAUGGCCUUCAACUGCCUCAGAUUGGAUCUUUUCUGCACCGUGGGGACUUCGGAGGCUUCUAAACUACAUCUCACUAGAAUAUUUGAGUGCUAACAAAGUGCCUAUCUACAUCACUGGGAAUGGUAUGCCAACAGCAUACAACACUGAAACCAUCAAUGAUGUGAGCAGAGUAGAGUAUCUGAGAAACUACAUCAACGAGGCCCUGAAAGCACAAGCCCUUGAUGGAGUUGAUGUGCAAAGAUUCACAGUGCAAUCACUCAUGGAUGGCUUUGAGGGCCCACAAGGUUAUAGUGAAAGAUUUGGUCUUCUUUAUGUGAAUUUUGAAGAUGCAAACAGACAAAGAACCCCAAAACAAUCUGCAUAUUUCUUCUCUGGUGUUAUUGAAAACAAUGGUUUUGGAACACCCACACGCACUUUUAAAAAAGUAGCAGAAAUAAAAUUCACUCCUCGUCCUUCCAAACUCGUAGCUUCACAGGUUCCAUCCGAAGCAAAGGUAGUGUGGGAUACCCUCUCCAGGCAAACAAAGUUCCAGAGACAAGUGUAUCAUUAUGGUACUUUCCCACAAGACUUCCUUUGGGGGGUUUCAUCUUCAGCUUACCAGAUUGAAGGCGGCUGGAAUGCUGAUGGGAAAGGACCCAGCAUCUGGGAUACAUUUUCUCAAGUACCUGGCAACAUUCCUGAAAAUGCAAAUGGAAACGUAGCCUGUGACAGUUACAACAGAAUUGAUGAAGACCUGAAUAUGCUGAAAACCAUAAACGUGAAGUCAUACAGAUUUUCCCUGUCCUGGUCAAGAAUCUUCCCUGAUGGAAGACGCUCCUCUCUCAACCAGAAAGGUGUAGACUAUUACAACAGACUUAUUGAUGGUCUUCUAACCCAGGGUAUCACUCCCAUGGUAACACUUUAUUAUUGGGACUUGCCUCAAGCUUUGCAAGACAUUGGUGGCUGGGAAAGUUCGCAAAUGAUCGACUUGUUCAAUGAUUAUAGUGACUUCUGCUUUGCCACUUUUGGCGACAGAGUGAAAUUCUGGAUAACCUUCAACCAGCCUCACACAAUUGCCUGGGCAGGAUACGGAACUGGCGCCAUGCCACCAAAUGUCAACAAUCCAGGAACUGCACCCUACAUAGUGGCACACAAUCUCAUCAAAGCUCAUGCUACAGCCUAUCACACAUAUGAUGACAAGUAUCGUGCAUCACAAGGUGGUCUGGUCUCCAUUGCCCUGGAUGCUGACUGGGUUGAACCUUACGAUCUUAGUGUCCAUCGUGAAAUUCUGGCCGCUGACCGUGCAAUGCAGUUCAGACUAGGUUGGUUUGCACACCCAAUUUUCAAGAAUGGAGACUAUCCUGAAGCAAUGAAAGAGCAAGUUGAAAUAAAAUGUGAUUUCCAAGAUUUGUCAAAUUCAAGACUACCGUCCUUCACCGAGGAGGAGAAAAACUUCAUUAUGGGAACUGCGGAUGUGUUCUGCAUAAACCACUACACCACCAAGAUAGUAAAUCACUUGACAGACGAACUGACCCCAGCAUCCUAUCAAUUUGACAGGGACAUUGCAGAGAAUGAGAUAACUGAUUCCCCAACUACUCCCAUAGGGGGGCAAAGAGCUGUAGCAUGGGGCUUAAGAAGGCUCCUCAACUGGAUAAAGGAGGAAUAUGGAGAUCCAGACAUUUAUGUCUCUGAGAAUGGUGCUGCUACAGAUCGAGGAAUGACUUGGGAUGAUACUGACAGAGUAUUCUUUUACAACACCUACAUUGACGAGGCUCUUAAAGCCUACGACAUUGAUGGGGUGAAAGUCAAAGGCUACAUUGCAACAUCUCUCAUGGAUUCUUUUGAGUGGUUACAUGGCUACGUAUACGCAUUCGGGUUAUACCAUGUCGAUUUCAAUGAUCCAAUCCGUCCAAGGACCCCCAAAUAUUCUUCUUAUGUUUACUCCCAAAUCAUAAACAAUAACGGUCUCCCUGUACCGGAAGAAGAGAAGAAAAUGUAUGGAAACUUUAGAGAAGAUUUCCUAUGGAGUUCUUCAACAUCGGCAUACCAGAUUGAAGGAGCAUGGACUGCAGAUGGGAAAGGUUUGAGCAUCUGGGACACGUUUUCCCACACUCCAGGAAAAGUGGCGAACAAUGACAACGGCGACAUAUCCUGUGACAGUUACAAUAAAUUAGAUGUGGACAUUGGUUUAUUGAAGCAAAUAAGGGUGUCCCACUAUCGGUUCUCCAUAUCAUGGCCAAGAGUUCUCCCCGAUGGGACGGUACACAAUAUAAAUGAGGCUGGGAUCAAUUACUACCAAAGAGUGAUAGAUGCACUGCUUGCAGCAAAUAUCCAACCUCAGAUCACUCUGUACCACUGGGAUCUUCCACAAGCUCUGGAGGAUGAAGGAGGCUGGUUGAAUGAAACCAUUGUCGACAGAUUCAGGGAUUACGCUGACCUUCUAUUCAGUCGUUUUGGACAGAAAGUGAAGCUUUGGAUCACAAUUAAUGAAGCAUAUAUUGUAGCGCUUUUAGGUUAUGGCUAUGGAUCAUUUGCACCAGGAAUCGACCGCGACCCAAGCACUCUCCAAUACGUUGCUGCUCACAACAUUAUCAAAGCUCACGCAGAGGCCUGGCACGUCUACAACGACAAAUACCGAGCUGAACAAAAUGGACUGAUUUCUAUCACCAUCAACUCUGAAUGGGCAGAACCCAGAAAUCCCUUUAAGCAAGAGGACAUUGAUGGUGCUAAACGCUACAUGGAUUUCUUUAUAGGCUGGUUUGCUAAUCCAAUAUUUAAGGGAGACUACACAGAGUCAAUGAAAAAAUACAUUCUUGAGAGGAGUCUUGCAGCUGGUUUGGAUAAAUCCAGGCUGCCUGAGUUCACUCCAGCAGAGGUUGAGAGAAUCAAAGGCACCCAUGACUUCUUCGGAUUAAACUACUACACAUCUGUUUUGGUUUUCCCCGUUGAUUUUGGAAAUACUCUCAAUUACGAUGCAGAUAGGGGUGUGGCGUUCAUUCACGAUCGGACCUGGCUGGACACGGGGUCCAGCUGGCUGAAGAUGGCUCCACUGGGAUUCCGUCGAAUCCUGAGGUACAUCAAGGACGAGUAUGGAAAUCCACCCGUCAUCGUCACUGAGAACGGCCUGUCGGAGAACGGGCCGAUUGACCUCAACGAUGAACACAGGAGCUACUUCUAUGAAAAUCACGUCAACCAGUUGCUGAAAGCUUAUUUAGUAGAUGGAGUGGACGUCCGUGGAUACACAGCUUGGUCACUAAUGGAUAAUCUAGAAUGGGCUUCUGGCUAUUCGGAGAGAUUUGGCUUUUUCUACGUUAAUCAUUCACACCCCGACAGACCUCGCACUCCAAAAGCCUCCGUGUCCUACUACACCACCCUUGUUAACUGCAACGGAUUCCCCGACCCGGCAGAGGGACCGCACGAGUGCAUGAACCUUGCUAAAGGUCAGGCCUAAAUAAUAAACCUCAUCCUGACGCCUCCAUGGAGAUCUGAGACUCUACACCGACGACUUUGUUCAAAGAAAAAGCUAAAUGUUUAUGAAGUUUGUUUUACUGUUGUUGUUAAAACUUAGACUUAAAACCAUGUAAGAUUUUUUUUUUAAUUCAUACCGUCAUCGUGGCUUCAGUCAGAAGCUGCUGCUGGCUUCAACCAACAAAAAUCAUAAUAAAAACUUUGACAUUUUUAACCACUUUUUUCCACCGUAUUCUGAAAGUUAUUGUUUAUGAAAUGAAGGUUUGGUAUUUUAUAAAAUCAUUUUAGAGUAUAUGUAUAUAAGGAUUGCAAUUGCAGUGUAGCUGUCAAUAAAGUCAAUUUGUGACUUUC